AUGAUCCGAUCGCUAUCCAAACUACAACUACGAAGAGCUACCCGGUUAGCGCCGCAACUACGAGCCGCCUUUUCUUCCAGUGGCUCAGACACUCUGAACUAUGGUGUCGUACCCAAGGAUGACUUUGGAGAAUUCAGCGAAUAUUCAGUGAUCUUUACAAACAGGUCCUUGAACUUAAUGUCCGAUCCUUUCCAAAAGGUUAUGCGUGAUUUGAAUGACGUCCUCAAGGCAACCUACAAUGCCGACAAAGUUGCCAUUAUCCCAGGAUCUGGAACCUUUGGAAUGGAAUCCGUAGCCCGACAAUUUGCUACCAAUGAACAUGUUAUGGUCAUUCGCAAUGGUUGGUUCUCCUAUCGUUGGACCGAAAUUUUUGACCAAGGCGGCGAGAAUAUGAUUCCCAAAUCGCACACUGUCUUGAAAGCGCAACCACAAGAAUCAGCUGACAGUUCCGAUAGCAUGACCAUGCAGUAUGCUCCUUACCCCAUUGAUGAGGUCGUAGAGAAGAUUUAUGAAGAAAGACCAGCGGUCGUCUUUGCCCCACACGUGGAAACCAGCACUGGAAUCAUUUUGCCUGACGAUUACAUCCGCAAGGCAGCCGAGGCGGUCCACAAUGUCGGUGGCCUCUUUGUCUUGGAUUGUAUCGCUUCUGGUACUGUUUGGGCUGACAUGAAAGAUCUAGGAGUGGAUGUGGUUAUCUCUGCACCUCAAAAGGGAUGGACUGGUCCCUGCUGUGCUGCACUCGUCAUGAUGUCGGAUGCAGCUGCCAAGAAGUUGCAGACCACCACUGAGACCUCCUAUUCUAUGAGCCUUAAGAGAUGGUCGGGAAUCAUGGAUGCCUAUGAAGGUGGUGGCUUUGGAUACCACACAACCAUGCCGACCGAUGGACUGAGAGAUUUCCAUGAGAUUACCGUCGAAACACUCAAGUUUGGUUUGCCAGAGCUCAAGGAAGCCCAACUGGAACUAGGCCGCAAAGCACGAGGAGCUUUGGACAGCCGUGGACUUGUGAGUGUGGCAGCUCCUGGAUUUGAAGCACCAGGAGUGCUAGUGUAUCAUUCUCCACCAGGAAUUGAGAACCCAACAAUGAUGAUGAAGUUCAAGUCACAAGGAUUGCAAAUUGCCAUGGGUGUACCGUGGAUGAUUGACGAGCCACUUUCACCGAUGAAGACUUUCCGAAUGGGACUGUUUGGCCUUGAUAAACUACACGAUAUUCAAGGAACGGUCGAUACUCUGGCAUCUGCUAUGGAUCCCGUUUUGGAAGAGUGCAACGUGGAAGCUGAGGCAGCAUAA